ACAGAAAACCACGUACAGCAGCAACUAGUACGUUUGCAGUUGAGGGAGGCGACGUCGAGGAGGAAAAGGAUACUGUAGUAAUUCUAGCUAGCUAUUGGUCAAUUCCAUUAGCUAUCGUAAUAUUAUUUUUAGCCACUGUGUAAACAACAUUCUCUAGGUGGUGAAAUUUAUUUGUGUACAGUGUACAUACAUAUUUAGCAAUGUCUACGCCAGCAAGAAGACGACUUAUGCGAGAUUUUAAACGGCUCCAAGAGGACCCCCCGGCUGGCGUCAGUGGAGCCCCAUCCGAGAACAACAUAAUGGUGUGGAAUGCAGUCAUAUUUGGGCCAGAGGGAACUCCGUUUGAAGAUGGCACAUUCAAACUUACAGUUGAAUUCACAGAAGAAUAUCCCAACAAACCUCCAACAGUGCGGUUCGUCUCAAAGAUGUUCCAUCCAAAUGUGUAUGCAGAUGGAAGUAUAUGCUUAGACAUUCUACAGAAUCGCUGGAGUCCAACAUAUGAUGUGUCUUCUAUUCUCACUUCUAUUCAGUCCCUUUUAGAUGAACCAAACCCAAACAGUCCAGCGAAUAGCCAGGCAGCACAGCUUUAUCAGGAAAACAAGCGGGAGUAUGAGAAACGUGUGUCAGCCAUUGUGGAGCAGAGUUGGAGGGACAGUUGACCUUGCACACCUGCUAACAAGCGUUUGUUUGUUUGUUUGUUUUUUUUCCUUCAAAUAUGAGCUUUGUGUGGAUUUCCAGUUAGUGGAAUAUAUCUCUUUAUUUCCCCCUGCCCUACUCGUUAUGAUUUUAAGUUUUUAUGCACUUUACCUUACUCACUGUGUAGGACUGCGCCUGAAUCUUUGUUUUCUUCUUUUUUUUUUACACAUAUAUAUAUAAAUCUUUUGGCCCUCAAGUGCUCCCCAUCCCCUUUGCUCAAUCACAGGAUGCUUUUUACAAGAUCUUACCCUUCAGCUGGCUUCUGAGUUGCUCUACAAUACAAGAAUAUUAUGGACACAGACAUCAAAUGCUACUUUACCCGAUUCCCAAGCCUGCCUAAGUUCUCUGCAAAAGGAAAGGGGAUUCAUAGUUUGUUUGUUUUUUUUUUGUAUAGGAACUGUGUUAUCAUGAUCCAUGGACUGGUUGUGUUAUUGUUACAAAUCCCAUUUUUCCAAGAGAUUUUGGCACCAUGCGUCCCCCCCCCCCCCCCCCAAAUGAUGGACUGACAGAUACUGAUCUGAGAGUAGCCACAUGUCUACAUCAAUUGCAGAUCAAAUCUCAGUUCAGCGCUAUAUGCACGCCUAAGCCGUCUUGAGCUUUGUUACACGCAUGAAUGCUAGUGUCCCCCAAUCCUAUUUCUUACUCGUGUUUAAGAAGACAUUUGUCUGAAUUUCUGUACAGCUUUUGCACUGGUUGUCCAUGUCAGGAUGGGUUUUUUUUUUUUUUUCCAGCACUUGUAAAUAAAAAUAAAUAAAAAGGCGGAACUACA